AUGGAUGAUUACACCAAGACUGUCUUUGCUCAUUUGGAUUACCAGUGUGUCACAUUGUGGAACAAAAACUGCUCAAGGAACAUCGAAUUAUUCCAUUUGAAUUUUAGCAAUUUGAUUGUAUUAUUAAUUUUUUCGGUGGGUUCUUUGCUUACAGUUAGUGCAAACAUGGUAGUAAUAGUGUCUAUAAUUAUUAACAAACAGCUUCACACAGCAACUAAUUUUGUCAUCCUGUCUUUGGCCAUAUCUGAUUUCUUAGUAGGAGGAUUAAUGAUGCCGUUACAGUGUGCUAUGUUUGUUGAUGUUUGUUUAUACCACACAAGAAGUAUCUGUCCUGUUUAUAACUUUAUCAGCACUAUAUUGGGCAGUGUUUCACUCUACAAUGUUGUGCUGAUUGCAAUAGAUCGAUAUUUUGCCUUGUGCCACCCUUUCGUUUAUGUUGCAAAAAUGUCCUUGAGAGUGGUGCUGAAGUGUGUGGGUUUUGUAUGGUUAUUAUCCCUUUUUUAUAAUCUCUCAAUAAUGUUCAUUGGCAGUUCAGAAGAAGGCCAGACAAAAGUGAUCUGCUUACAAGCAUGUGCUAUUCCAGUCAACAACACUUGGGGUCUUACUGACUUUAUAUUCAGUUUUAUUAUUCCAUGUUUAUUGAUCGUAAUCUUGUAUCUUAGGGUUCUUACAGUUGCCCUGAGACAUGCAAAAGUUAUUUCUGAUGCUGCAAAACCUGGAAUAAACCGGAGGAAAUCAGAGCUCAAAGCCACAAAAACUUUAGGCACUGUUGUGUUUGUGUAUUUGCUGUGCUGGAUCCCAUUGUAUGUAUUUUUAUUAAAUAUUGAGAAUGUUCCAGAAUCUAAUGUUAUCCUAAAUUAUUUAAUGUGGCUGUUUUCCAGUAACAGCUUUAUAAACCCUAUUAUAUAUGCGAUAUCAUAUCCCUGGUUUAAAAAAUCAUUGCGCUUUUGUGCAUUAUUUAGAAAAUAG